AUGUUAGAAGGUGAACGACAGAAAUUUACAGGAGCGUGCAGCAUUGCUGUGUGCAUUGGCGAUGAGAAAAAAGUUUUAGAUGCAGAUGGUUACGUUAAGGAAGAAGAAUUUAUGAACCUCAUCGAUGAGGCAUAUACAGACGUUUCUUUGAAGAAAGCUGCAAGAAUUGCAGGUCCAGGUUGUGUUAAGAAAGCCAAUGAACGUGCUAAUGAAACAAUGAACAGUGGGCAGCUGGAGUGGACUUGCAAUCCGGCUGGAAUUAUGGCUUAUCACUGUGCAAAAUAUGAGGUCAUUCUGAACUGUCCUGAAAACCAGAUUGUUAACAGCAAAGAAUGUGAUGAUUUCCGCCAGAUGAUGCAAGAGUGGAAGAACAAGGAACAACAGAGGCCAGAUAAUUAGAAACAGACGUAAAUAGUGUAAUGAACAACAUGUAUAUGUAUCCAGCAUGAAUUAUUAUCCCUUUGCUAUGAAAUAAAACAAGUA